AGGAUCGACGCAGGCCACACGUUGGCGGCGGGCUCCCCUCGUAGCCAGCGACGCAGCAGAGCACACCUGCUCAGCACAACGGCAGAGAGAGAGAGGGAGAGGGAGAGGGAGAGAGAGAGAGGCGACCGCCUUCUCCUCCCACCUCACGCCCAAAACUUCGGAUCAGCAGCCGCCAGCCAGCAGUGACACUGCUCCAGUAGCGCUACCCACCUCACUAGCAGAAGGAAGCGGCCCCCAAUGGCGGCGGCCGCCCCCUCCCUCCUCGCCCCGCCCGCCGCGGCGCUGCGCCGCCCUCCUGCGGCAUCGGGCGGCGCCGCCUCCUCCUGCUGCGGCUGCUCCGCUCCGCGCGGGGGCCUCGUCCUGCACCCCUCGGCUCGCGCGCCCCGUCGCCCGGUGAAGUUCUGCGUGAAUGUUGGCUCUGGGUGGCCCGUGGUGCUCACGGGAUCGAUCAAACGGCGGUUUCAGAAGGGUUUAAGUGCCACGGGGAUGGGUGCCGAUGCUGCGGAUCAAGCUGGUGACGACGAUGACGUAGUCCGCAUUACCAAUGAGAACCUUCGUGCCACCAUCCGAAAAAGCAAACAAGUGCUGGCCGUGCACAGGAAUCUACUUGAGCAGAUAUCGGAAAAGAAGAAGCUCAUAUCAGUUAUAGCGGACAGUUCCAUUCAUAAUGAGCAAGAGUCGCUCAGCGGUCAGAGUGAUAGUUCCUUUUCACACCCAAGUGCAGUUCCAGAGGGCGAAGAGAUUGACUAUGAUGGCCGUCAGGCAUACCUUGAUAGGCACGCACAGCAAUCUGAAUUUGACACAACUUAUGAAGAAUCAAUCUAUGAUCAGAAUGAAUAUUAUGAAAGUUCAAAAGGUGAAGAUACUUGUUUCAGUGGAUCAUCUAGUGAGGUCAACUAUGAGCAUUAUCUGUAUGGCAGUUUUCCUAGAGCUGCUCCCAGUGCAUAUGAACCAGAAUCGGCUAAUGGUAUGAAGCAAGAUUAUGUGGCACAACUAAGUCAAGUAAGUGAAAAGAAGCAGUCAGUUAACGAGGGAUCGAGUGACAAUUCGUCUGCUUCGGGUGGCGUUGAUGUUAUGAAUGUCAUAUUGGUUGCAGCAGAGUGUGCUCCUUGGUCCAAAACAGGUGGACUUGGAGAUGUUGCUGGAGCUUUGCCCAAGGCUUUGGCCAGGAUAGGUCAUCGUGUCAUGGUGGUAGUUCCAAAAUAUGGUGAUUAUGCGGAACCACAAGAGAUAGGAGAGCCAAGGAAGUACCAAGUUGCAGGGCAGGAUAUGGAGGUAAAGUAUUACCAUGCAUACAUAGAUGAUGUGGAUUUUGUUUUCAUCGACAAUCCUAUAUUCCACCAUGUUGAGAGUGAAAUUUAUGGUGGAAACCGAACAGACAUCCUGAAACGAAUGGUUUUGUUGUGCAAAGCGGCUGUAGAGGUUCCAUGGUACGUUCCAUGUGGUGGCUUCUGCUAUGGUGAUGGAAAUCUUGUGUUCAUUGCAAAUGAUUGGCAUACUGCACUCCUGCCUGUUUAUUUGAAGGCAUACUACCGUGACCAUGGUUUUAUGACAUAUGCUCGUUCUGUUCUUGUGAUACACAAUAUAGCACAUCAGGGUCGUGGCCCAACAGAUGACUUCAGUUACCUGGAUUUGCCAAGUCAUUACAUGGAUCAUUUCAAACUUUAUGACCCAUUUGGAGGUGAUCAUUUAAACAUUUUUGCUGCUGGUAUUAAAGCCGCUGACCGCUUGCUUACUGUUAGUCAUGGUUAUGCAUGGGAACUCAAAACACCUGAAGGCGGUUGGGGCCUUCACAGUAUCAUUAAUGAUAGCAAUUGGAAAUUCCAGGGUAUUGUAAACGGUAUUGAUACAACUGAUUGGAAUCCUAGGCUCGAUGUCCACCUACAAUCUGAUGGAUACACCAACUAUUCUCUAGAAACCGUUCAAACAGGUAAAGCACAAUGUAAGGAAGCAUUGCAAAAAGAGCUUGGCCUCCCAGUUCGUCAUGAUGUUCCUGUCAUUGCUUUUAUUGGACGGUUAGACCAUCAGAAAGGUGUUGACCUGAUAGCAGAAGCAAUGCCAUGGAUUGCUGGCCAAGAUGUACAACUGAUUAUGUUGGGUACUGGAAGGCAAGACCUUGAAGAUACAUUGAGGCGGCUUGAAAGCCAGCAUUUUGACAGGGUUAGAGGCUGGGUCGGGUUUUCUGUCAGGUUGGCACAUCGUAUGACUGCAGGGGCUGAUAUAUUAUUGAUGCCAUCAAGGUUUGAGCCAUGUGGGCUGAACCAGCUAUAUGCCAUGAUGUAUGGGACUGUCCCGGUAGUUCAUGCAGUUGGCGGUCUCCGAGACACAGUCGAACAUUAUAAUCCCUAUGAGGAGGUUGGACUUGGUUGGACUUUUGAAAAGGCAGAGGCAAAUAGAAUGAUCGAUGCGCUAGGGCACUGCUUGAACACAUACAGAAAUUACAGGAGCAGUUGGGAGGGCAUCCAAAGGAGAGGGAUGAUGCAAGAUCUAAGUUGGGACAAUGCUGCUAAACUCUACCAGGAGGUUCUUGUUGCUGCCAAGUAUCAGUGGUGACUGUUGACCAGUCCAAGAAAUUGUUCACGGUUGUCAUUCACAGAGGAAGAAAGGCUUUCUUCUUUUAUCAGUCACUGACUACUUCAGAUCUCUCUGGUGCAUCAUGAAGCUGUCUGCUUGCCCCAUAUCCCAAACUUUUCAUUUUGGUGGAAACUGGACGACUGAAUGUUCUUGCCAGAUCCUAGAAAAAUCUGAGCUGCUUCCUAGACAAAUACAAUGGAAGGGAUUUUUCUUGGAAAGAGGUACAGAGGGCAGAGAGAAGAUUAAAGUGGUAGCAUCAUACAUUUUUGAAGUGGCUUCUAGUUCAUUUAUUCUACCGGGAUGAGCUCAGUUUGAUGCUUUAGUACAGGAGUAGCAGAUAGCAGAGAAAAUGCCGGUUCGUUUCUAGAAUGGUUUUGUUGUAUUUCAAAUUAGGAUACCAUCGUUUGGCUGUUCGAUUUUUCGUGCAUAUCCUUUAGAUGAUUAGCGUUUCCUGAAAUUGUCCGGAUGAGAUGAGAAAUUUCUGCAGCUUCCGGAGAAUAAAGUGAACAGAGUUGGAAAUCCUUGAACUUGCUACUGAAGUAGAGGACCUUUCUAGUUUCUGCUGCUCGGCGCGGUAGCAAGGUGUGAGCCACACUAGCUAGGCUCAUUCGUUUCGGGCAUGUUUGGUUUUCUUUCCCAUCCUUACCUAACAAGGUUAGUGAAUAAGAAAGUGUGUUUGGUUUCCUGGUC